AUGUCAUCUAUCUUACGGAUGCUUUCUUCCCGGACUUUUUAUCUGUUCCAAGCAAUAUGGUAUCCCCUGGGGACUGUAUCUGGUCCAGUAUUCAAGGCGUUGCGAAGUUGGACAAAACAUGCCAGUGAUUCUAAAGCGUUGGAUACGUAUUCUCCACCGACUUCAGCAAUUGACGGCGGAGCUGAAAACACAGAACAUCCAAAUGAUGACUCCCAUAUUCGAUACAUCACAGUGCGCCAUUAUUACCCCCCAGGGGUUUCGGAGAUUAUCGGUCACGGUUUCAUGGUUUGGAUCGGUGUCAUUGAUGAGUUUACGGUUUUGAAAUAUCCACACGUUCCUGGUGACCUUGCGAGGAUUCAAACCGAGGCUCGGAUUCUUGACAUUCUUGGAAGCCAUCCCCGUAUCAUCGCUUCAAAAGGUCUGACGGAGCAUGGCCUUGUUCUGCAGCGUGCAUCGAACGGUUCUGUGUCCGACUACAUCACAUCACAGUCGUUCAUACCUUUCGAUAGGAAAUUACUCUGGUGCAAACAAGCUGCUGAAGCAAUCAGUUACAUCCAUGGAAAACGUGUCAUUCAUUGUGACAUAAACCUUCGGAAUUUUCUGCUCGAUGGGGAUCUCAAUUUAUUACUUGCAGACUUUCAGGGGAUGCUGAAGUCCGUUGAUGGCGACAUAUUACUGGAUGGGCUUUCUUCGGAGUCCACAAAGGCAUCCCUGCCUCGAGCCAGUCGGGAUUAUGCAGAUGUGGAAACUGAUAUCUUUGCGCUUGGCUCCGCUAUCUACUUCAUCAUGACCGGACAUGAGGUCUUUCCCGAACUUCACAACUGGGACGAUGAGGAAGAGAUCGUGUCACGCUUCCAAAGUGGGCACUUCCCGAACGAAAAUCACCCUUGCUCCCAAAUUACAGAAAAAUGUUGGAAGCAGCAGUAUCGGCAGGCUGCUGACAUUGUUUCUGAUCUGUCUCUUAUUCAAGCCACCUAG